GUUAGGAAAGUUCAUAAUCGUUCCUUAAUACCGGAAUUACCUUUAAAUCCACUUCCUUAAUGGUUUAGAAUUUUUAAAUGCUCGAUGUACAACUUAACUGCACAGUAAACGUCUUAAACUUAAUCAAUCGUAAGACGUUGACCAGUACGACUCGCCAGGAACAUAGGCCAAUCAAGAUUAAUCUUCUAAUUAGGUUUAGUUUGUUGCCGUUCUGGUUACCCGGGAAAAUAAAAUUUCACUGAUCGAACAAAAUGGCAACAGUUUUUCGAAGCAAACUUCUCAUUUCCAAGCUUCCACCAAGGCUCCUACUGUCUCGAUUCCUAUCCAAUGGAAGUAGCAAUUCGGAUUCUGCUAUUGGGUUUAUUGGACUAGGGAACAUGGGAAGCCCAAUGGCCAAAAAUCUUAUCAAGAGUGGUCAUGAGAUCAUUAUCUAUGAUGCUUCGCGGGAUGUUAUGGAUGAUUUAAAACAGAAUGGUGCUGAGACAGCUCAAAGUCCUGCAGAAGUUGCAUCAAGAUCUAAUAGAAUAAUUACCAUGCUGCCAUCAAGUCCAAAUGUAUUGGAAGUAUACAGUGGAGAAAGUGGAAUACUCAAGGAGGUCCAAGAAAAUUCCUUACUUGUUGACUGUAGUACAAUUGAUCCAGCCAUUGCCAAGGACAUGAGUGAACUUGCAUCUGGAAAAAAAGCAAUGUAUCUGGACUCCCCAGUAUCAGGAGGCAUCACAGCAGCAGCAGCAGGCACACUCACAUUCAUGGUUGGAGGUCAAAGUGAAGGAUUCAAACAGGCAGAACAAAUACUUCAGCACAUGGGCAAGAAUGUUAUACAUACAGGGGCUGUUGGAACUGGUCAAGCUGCCAAGAUCUGCAAUAACAUGUUAUUAGCUGUCAGCAUGAUUGGCACAUCUGAAGCAAUGAACCUGGGAAUGAGUCUUGGUCUGGAUGCCAAGAUGAUAGCUAAAAUCAUCAACAGUAGCUCUGGUCGGUGUUGGUCUAGCGAGCUGUACAACCCUUGCCCAGGAGUUGUUGAGGGUGUCCCAUCUAAUAAUGAUUAUCAAGGAGGAUUUAUGUCAGCUCUCAUGGCAAAGGAUCUUGGUCUUGCACAAAACGCAUCAACAUCAACCAAAACUGCUACACCAAUGGGUUCCUUGGCGCAUCAGAUCUUCAGGAUUAUGUGCAACAAAGGAUAUGGCCAGCUAGACUUUGGAUCUGUUUUCAAAUUUCUUCAAGAUGAAGGUUCCAAAUGAGAUCAAAUUUGAUAAUUUAGGAUAGAGAUAAAACUUUUCUCAAUUAAAUUACACAUUUUGCAACUGUAAAACAUUUCUAAAAGAAUGGCAGUUUUAAAAUUUAGGGAGCUUAAAGUGUUUCAAAAUGACAAUUAAGUGAUCCUCAAAUAGCUUAUUGCCCCAAUGUAAAGUCCUCUUCUCUAGUACCUGUACAUGUCAACUGCUCUUCACAGAGGGCCACUACCCAGACUACCUUCCAAUCCAAAGGUGUAAACAAUCAAUUUAAAAGGUUUACCACUCUUUUCACUGCUACGCGCUGAUCGAGACAACAGUUGCAACAGGGAAAUAGGCCAAUACAUUGCCGCCAACAGAGAAUACAAAGGUACCAACCAAUUUAUUUGAUUGAUGGAAAUGUAUUGCCCAAUUUCCCUGUCAUGACUGUCGUCUCAAUUUGUGCAUAGCAAUGAAAAGAUUAGUAAAACUGUGUGGAAUAUAGUAUAUUUGUCAGUAUCGUUCGUAUGGGUAAUCAUUAAUUUUUUCCCGCAAAGCUACUUGAAAAAGUGUAUUUCAUAUUUAUUGUAAGACAUGCCAACAUUUUCUUGCUUGACAUUAA